UUUGGGCCCUCUGCGUUCCUUCGCGCGGAGUUUCAGCGAUGGCCGUCGGGAAAAAUAAGAGGAUAUCGAAGGGGAAGAAGGGAGGCAAGAAGAAGACUGUUGAUCCCUUCUCCAAGAAGGAUUGGUACGAUGUGAAGGCGCCGUCGAUCUUCAAUGUCCGCACAGUGGGCAAAACCCUGGUCAGCAGGACCCAGGGUACGAAGAUUGCUUCCGAGGGUCUGAAACAUAGAGUGUUUGAGAUUAACUUGGCUGAUCUUCAAGCUGAUGAGGACCAGUCGUACAGAAAAAUCCGUUUGAGGGCUGAGGAUGUCCAAGGAAGGAACGUUCUCACCAACUUCUGGGGAAUGAAUUUCACCACGGACAAGUUGAGAUCCUUGGUGCGAAAGUGGCAGACACUAAUUGAAGCACACGUAGAUGUGAAGACCACAGAUAACUACAGUUUGAGAAUGUUCUGCAUUGGGUUCACCAAGAGACGGCCAAAUCAGGUCAAGCGAACAUGUUAUGCACAAUCAAGUCAAGUCCGGCAGAUCCGCCGGAAGAUGAGGGAGAUCAUGGUCAACCAGGCAACUUCGUGUGAUCUGAAAGAAUUGGUGCAGAAGUUUAUUCCAGAAAUGAUUGGCAAGGAGAUAGAGAAGGCAACAUCGAACAUCUACCCCUUGCAAAAUGUCUUCAUCCGUAAAGUGAAGAUCCUGAAAGCACCCAAAUUCGAUCUUGGGAAGCUAAUGGAGGUACAUGGUGACUACUCUGAAGAUGUUGGGGUGAAGGUUGAGAAGGCUGCCGAUGAGGUAAUGGCUGAAGGAGGAGAAACAGAACUUGUUGGAGCCUAACGUGAUACGAGUUCGAUGAUGCCGUAGUUUGUUAUUUUUUGUUUAAUUUUACUGCAUUUAUUAGUUUUUGUUUCAUUUUGGGGAACACAGUUUUUGAAAGAGAUGGCUUCUUUAUUGUAGUAUUGGAUUUUGUCUGUUUUAAGCACAUAUUUUAUCUGGUUACAUGUAUUUCAUCUGCAUCUCUAAUCGGGAAGAGAACAGUGAGGACACAAGGAGCAUAUUAUUGACGUUCACAGUUUC